AUGGGCGGUCCACACAAGAUCACAACUGAACCUAUCUAUAUCGGAAUCGUUGGUGUCGGGGUUGUUGGAAAUUCCUUCUUGCGCGAGCUAGCGGUGCGGAUGCCAAAGCCACCAAGGCUGAUUCUUCUCGCCCGCUCAUCGCAGGCUCUUCUUGCUUCAACACCAGCAUACUCGCCAUGCAUUCCGAUCUCUAACUGGGAGAAUGCAUUUUCAGAUCCGUCAUUGACUCGACUGGAGAAGGGUCUCUCACCACGUGAAAUAGCCGACUAUCUCGCCUCUGCACCAGGCCGUGUUAUUCUCGUCGAUAAUACAUCUGAUCUCAGCUUAGCUCAGGCGUAUCCUACAUUCCCGAAGCAAGGCAUAUCAGUAGUUACCCCGAACAAGAAGGCUUUCUCGCAAGAUCUCUCUCUUUGGAGUGAUAUUUUUGCAUCUGCUACGCAAGGAAAUUCUCUAGUGCACCACCAAUGCACGGUUGGUGGGACACUACCGGUACUAUCAACGCUCAGAGACCUGAUCACCGCUGGUGAUGAGAUCUUACAUGUUGAAGGUGUUCUUUCUGGGACACUUUCCUUGUUAUUUGGCACCUACAUGCCUGACCCCGAGACCUCAGAUGCGAAAUGGAGUUCACUGGUCGCACAUGCGAGGGAGGCAGGCGAGACAGAGCCGGAUCCACGAGGUGACCUUAACGGUCUCGACUUUGCCCGAAAAUUGACCAUAAUCGCACGUGUGAUUGGAUUGGAUGUCGCUAAUGCAGAGUCCUUCCCAGUUGAAUCUCUGAUCCCGGAAGAAUUGAGGUCAUUGCCCUCUUCUGCAAAGGGCGUGGAGCAGUUUAUGAGUGAGCAGCCACGAUUUGAUGCCCAGAUGGAAGAAGCCAAGGACAAGGCACAUGUCCUCGGUAAAGUUCUGCGCUAUAUUGGGUCUAUUGAUGUUCCCACGAAGACAAUCAAGGUUCGGCUGCAGCAGGUUGACAAGGGGACUCCAAUCGCGGGUCUACAGGGAAGUCAGUUUGUGAGCAUCUAUACAAAACGACGCGGAGAGGCUCCGUUGAUCUUUCAAAGGGGCGGAGGGGGUGGUGAUAUAACAGCCCAUGGUUUAGCAACGAAUCUACUCAAGAUGAUAGAGAAGUUUCAUAAGUAG